AUGAGCAGAAGACUUUGGGCAUAUGAUUGGCAUCAAGCUUGUGCAUUUUCCGUCCCGCUGACUGCGGUAGUCAAAGACUGCCGCCUAGGUCUUGCGCACAAUUUGAUUUUGAUUUCAAUUUUUAUGUACAUCGUGGUGUAUCAGCUUUGGUACCUCGGAGGUUACUAUCGUCGACCUUUGCUCAGCAUGUCGAUUCGGACAACACUGCACAAGCCAGGUCAGGCCGUCGAAGCAUGGCAACUACCCUAUUGUCAUGAUGCCGACAUGCUGUGUGAAGAGUUCCUUGGGGAGGACGCAUCUUUUGCAGAACCGAACCAGCUAACUGUUAUAACGAGCAGGCUUGUGACAAAUAGGACGCUGGGCCGAAACCAGGCGGCACAAGAAGUUCCCGUCAAGACGACCUUGGUGCAAGAUAUUGAAAAUUUCACUAUGAAGGUGUACCCAACUGUUUUCACAUCGAGCUCAUCAUCGGCGCAAGACGAGGUAAUGUUGAUACCCCCGAGAGAUUUGCAAGGCUUGCUUUUUGUGGGCAAUGUCAACGAGUUGGAUCCGCCGAAUGAAGUUCAACAUGAACUCUGCCGGCAGAAGUCCGCAGAGGACGGGGCUUUUGCCGACUUUUUCGGGCAGCAGCCCACAAAGGAGGCCCCGUUCUAUGUCAAAGGAGAUCUGAAGCCGGAGCAGAGCAUCUAUCGGAUCAAGACUUUGCUUCAAGCUAUGGGCAUGGACAGCCGCAGCCUUGAUGAAGGCGAGGGGUCUUCCAUCCGCAUGCGUGGCAUGGUAGUCGUUGUCCUCGUAGAGAUUGAAAACUUUAUGCCGGGCCAAGGACUGACCCGGUCGCCUCGCUUCGUAUUGAAGCAGCUGCCAAUGAAGAAAAGCCAUCACAGCAUCGACCGUGGAAGCGAAGUUACCCGAGGUGAUCGAAGUGCAAUCGAGUACCGUGGUCUCUUGUUCGUUUUCCAAGUUACGGGCACGCUUGCACACUGGAGCUUGGCACAGCUCCUACUCCAGCUGGCCAAAGGCACAAGCUUGCUCUCGGUGAGUGCCAUUGUCAUGCGGCUCCUGGCCAUUUCCCUCUGCUCUCGGGGCAAUCUGUACUACCAUUCUAUGCACAAAGAGUCGCCGCAAAUCGAAGCUGCCGAAGCGUUGCUUCAAAGCAUGGAGGAGCAAACGUUGAAAGAAGAGCACAGGAGGAUCUUCCAGCACCACGGCGGUUCCAAAGAACAACUCGCAUUGCGAUUGAUGUCCACCCAACAACGAUCGCCGAAGGUAGAUGUGAUUUCGGAGUCUGAUCAAGACUCCAGUGGCACAGAAUGCUGA